CGUCACGUGGCCACCCACAGCGUGGUGCGUAACGCUCCAUUGAGAAGAAGAGGCAAAGAUGGCGUCUUCUAACAACCCUCGCAAAUUCAGCGAAAAAAUCGCGCUGCACAACCAGAAACAGGCGGAGGAGACCGCCGCUUUCGAGGAAGUGAUGAAGGACCUAAACAUCACCAGAGCCGCCCGGCUGCAGUUACAGAAGACCCAGUAUUUGCAGCUAGGGCAGAAUCGCGGACAGUACUAUGGAGGUUCACUGCCCAAUGUCAAUCAGAUUGGGAAUGGCAACAUUGACCUUCCUUUUCAGAACUCUGCGCUGGACACCAGCCGCAGCACCAGACACCACGGGCUGGUGGACCGCGUGUACCGCGACCGGAACCGCCUCACGUCCCCCCACCGCCGCCCCGCCACCGUGGACAAACACGGACGCCAGAUCGACAGCUGUCCCUACGGUUCAGUCUACCUGUCUCCUCCCCCCGACACCAGCUGGAGAAGGACUAAUUCGGACUCUGCCCUGCACCAGAGCACCAUGAACCCCAAACCCCAGGAGGUGUUCGCCAGCGGCUCGCAGGAGCUCCAGCCCAAGAGAGUGCUCCUGCUCACGGUGCCAGGGACGGAGAGCCCGGACUCAAACCCGGACAAUGACUCGCUAGAACAGAUGUGGGAUGACAAACAGGAUGAUUGUUCAAGCCCUAAAGUGUGCGAUGUCCCAGGAAUCAACAUCUUCCCGUCUCCAGACCUGGAGGUGAACCCGUCCAUCCUCCCGGCGGGCCACAACACAGGGGGCUCCCUGCCCGACCUCACCAACAUCCAGUUCCCCCCGCCGCUCUCCACCCCGCUGGACCCCGACGACGGCGUCUCCUUCCCCUCCCUGGGCUCCGCCGGCAGCACCGGCAGCCUGUCCGCCGACCACGCCCACCUGGGCGUCGGCUCCCCCGGCCACGGUAUGCCGGUCUCCUCCCAGUCCAUGACCCCCUCCCAGCGGAGGCAGCCCUCGGUGCUGCCCCUCACCCUCAGCUCAGACCUCUCCCUCCAGCAGUCACCCCAGCAGCUCUCUCCCACCCUGUCCUCCCCCGGCCACCUCAACCAGGCGGUGCCCAUGGAGGCCCUGUCCCUGGAGCUGCAGCUCUCCCAGUACCCCCUGUUCAGCCAGCUGACCGCCCAGGCCCAGGCGCAGCUGCUCAGCGACCUGCACAAGCAGCAGCAGCAGCUGCAGCAGCAGCAGCAGCAGCAGCAGAGCCUGCCUCAGGGCAUCAGGCUCAUCACCCUGCCCUCGGCCGCCACCGACGGCCUGAACCACGACGCCUCCAACAUCAACAUCAACAUCAGCUCGUACCGCAAUCAGUCUGGCUCCCCAGCCAAUCAGUCUCCGACCUCCCCCGUCUCCAAUCAAGGCUUCUCUCCGGGAGGCUCGCCCCAACACAUUCCCGUCGUUGGCAGCAUAUUCGGUGACUCAUUCUACGACCAGCAGCUGGCGUCCAGGCAGACCAACGCCCUCUCCCAUCAGCUGGAGCAGUUCAACAUGAUCGAGAACCCCAUCAGCUCGGCCAGCCUGUUCAGCCAGUGCUCCACCCUCAACUACACCCAGGCGGCCAUGAUGGGGCUCACAGGCAGCAGCCUGCAGGACUCCCAGCAGCUUGGAUACAGUAACCACGGCAACAUCCCCAACAUCAUCCUCACAGUCACGGGCGAGUCUCCGCCCAGCCUCUCCAAGGAGCUGUCCAACUCGCUGGCGGGCGUGGGCGACGUCAGCUUCGACGCCGACUCCCAGUUCCCAUUGGACGAGCUGAAGAUCGACCCCCUGACGCUAGACGGACUGCACAUGCUCAACGACCCCGACAUGGUUCUGACCGACCCCGCCACGGAGGACGCCUUCAGGAUGGACCGCCUGUGAUGACGCUGCCGGGGGCGGGGCCACACCUGCACCAACCGGGAGCGAGGACGGGGGCGGGGCAUAAACAUACCGACUUGUGAUUGGAGUGUGAGGACGGGAGGCGGGGCUGAGUCGCCCCCCCCCCGCCCCUGGUUGCAUGGUUCAGCUGAACUCCGAACAACGCCCCCGCUUGCCCCCCCCCCCUUGAUUUCUCCUGGAUCCCCUGGAACGACGCGUAGCAAACGGACGCCUCCCCCCUCCCCCCCCGGCAACCGUCGCCGCCGCCCCCCCCGCGUGGCUCCGAAGGUGAUUGGUUGCCCGGUGCUUUUGCUCGCUGGCAGUUUCUUCUUUUUUUUGUCAUUUCACGCCCGAUAUAUUCCAACAGCCCACAUUAGUUUUUUUUGUUUUUUUUAUAAAGUUAAAUGAUGUUUUUACUUUUGUUUAUUGGUAUCGUUUGCUGAAGAGCAGCAUGGGGCUGAAACCCGGCCAAAAUGUCCAAAAUGCUGUCGUUAAAAGAAGUCAGAACCCGAAGUUUAGAACGCAGAAGAAGUCACAGGAUUGGUCACCGCGCUGCAGCCACCCCGUCGCCAACGUCGCUCGCAUCCCGCAAACAAAAGCUUUAUUUUUGACAACCAAAUGUUUAUAUUUUUCUCAUGCACUAUAUGUUGAUGAUUGUGUAUUUAUACGUAUUUUUAUUUAUGCCCUUAUUUAUUUGUUUUGAAGACUCGAUAUAUUUAUUCUUUUGUUUCACAUGUGAUGCCAAAAUUCGUACUUCUGUCGACGUUGUGUUGAAAUGCACCUGUUCAGGUCGUGUCUAUUUAUUAUUUGUGUUUAAUAAGCUAAUUAAGGACUGCAAAACCUCCCCAUACUUGCUGGUAGGCAUUGGUUGUGCCAUUUAUUUGAUGUAGGACUUUGUAGAUGUUGGUGCGGUUAGAGCCCAGCAAAAAUGGAACAAAAUCAGAACACAACAGCUUUUCACAACAGCUUUUAGCACCAGCUCCAGGUUUUGGUAAUGCUGUGUUUGCAAAUAAAAUUCACCCCCAUCAACAGCUUAAAUAGUAACCUAUAUUAAGAUGGCUCACUUCUCAAAGCAAGAGAUGGAAGAUAUUAAUCUAUUGAAAUGAAUGAAUCAGAUUAACUGUUAUUUGUUGGCAGUGAAUAGCUCCAAACAAUUCAUUCUAAGGUAUGGAAAAAUAUGACUAUUUUAAAAAAAGAAAACGGAACAAGUAAUCAUUUGAAGUUGUCACUGUGAAAUCACCUGAUUUUGCCUUACAGGAGUGGUCUGCUGUUGUACUUUUAGUGUCUUGUGUGACGAUGUAUUUUCCUACCUUCUCUUUAAAAAAAAUUGUCUUGUAUUUGAAAGGAAACUCUUGACGUGUGGUCGGUGAUAUCUGUGGUUACGUAGUGCAAGGUUUGACAAAUCAUUGUACUGUAUUUUCUACCAGUACAGUUUACAACCAAAUCGGUGGUUUUCUAAGUAGAAGGAAGUGUGUUGGAAGGUGCAGUUAUGGGGAGGCUUUCCGCUCCUUGAGCAGAUUGCUCUCACUAAACGGCAGUUCAAGUGGUUUAUCUUAAUAUCUGAAAAUAGCCUUUGUUACACUGCAACGUGUGGGUGUUACUCUUGUGUUUCUUUUUAAGUGGCUUAUUUUAAUGUUUAAAUACUAACCAAACCUCUAAAUCAAAUCACAGGGACGGCACUUCACACGUGUUACUGGAGUUGUGGUUUCUGAUUGGCAUAAUAAGGUACAAUGUGGUCUCGAAAAUAUGACAUUAGAUUAACUUCUGACGUUACGGCUCUCCGUUUGUCUGGGAUCAGGUAGAGGACCGACCGGCAGUGGUCGACUGAACUUCUCCCAUAGCCGUUGGGAAGACGAGUUAAAACGUCCUUUCCGGACUCCCGCAUCCUUAGACAAGAUGUCUGUAAAGGUUCAAAAUCAAACCUGUGUAAUACACUGGUCACUGUAUAAAUACAUUUGUUGAAGUUGUCUUCUGAAGACGCCAUCUUUACUCAUCGUUACUCUUCGGAAGGUACCCCGGCAUCUAUACCUUCUGGAUAAAAUGAUAAGGAGCUUUGUGAAGUCUCACUGAUUAAGCCAAUCAGAAACUAGAGCAUUCAUUGUCCCUGUUUGACCAGGGGUCGCACUUUCGUGCCGGUUGGAUUUCUGUGUUCAGGUGCGCUUCAUUUUUAUUUGAUUUUUUAUCAAUCAUUUAAAUAUGAAUUGAAUUUUUUUGUAUAAUAAGAAGCACCCAUAGGACUGAGUGGUUAUAUUUAUGGGUUCUUUAUGGGGAAUGUAUCUAAAUAAGAUACUGCAAGCAGAUGUCAUUUAAAGAAUAUAACACAAAACGCUUGGCUACCACAUGGAAUGUGUUUAGGUCCAACCAACAAGGCUAUCAGGGAAACGUGUUUUUAUUUUUAACUAUUACAAAUAUUCUACCAAUAUUAACACUAUUCGCCAGAUACUCUUAUCAGCUUUAUCACUUUCAGUGUCUCGUGGUCAAUCAUGGUCUCUAAACUGUAAAAUGAACACAACUUGUUUUCGGUAAAGUAGUAGGUCCUAAACUGUUUAAUUGUUUUUAUUAUAUAUAUUUUUUAAUCAGUGACCAAUGUUUACACUUAAUUAAUUGGAAAAAUGUACAAAUCUACUGUUCUCUUGCGUAUCAUGUUUCACAUGUACAUGAAACGAUGUGUUUUGGAUCAGAUUAUUAUUUGAUGUGUGGGUCUUGCUAGGCUGCAUGGUUUCUGACCGAUGUGCAGCUCUGGGAGUGACCUUCCAGCCGAUGCCAAACACGUAUCCAAACUCAGCCAUUUUGUUUUCAAGUUUCUGCAGCUACCAAGACUUUAAGUUUACAUGUUUGGUUUAUGUCCAUCAGCGGGUCGGUCGCCUUUAACCAAUUGGGAUUCCUAUGCAAAUGAGAUUUUUUUGGUUUGUUUAUAAAUCGGACGAUAACGUUGCUGAAUCAAAUAUAUAACAUAUUAUAUGGACGAUCAUAUAGAAUAUAUAAACAUGUGUAUAUAUAUGAUAUAUAUAUACAGAAGUUUUUUUUUAUUAUUUGUCAUGUUUAGCUCAACUCUCGCUGUGGAUUCCUCUGUUGUGUUGCGUCAGAGAACAACUGUUAGUUAGCACAGGUCGCCGUUGUACAUAUGCUAAGCCGAUAAAAACGAAACGCAUGCCCUCGACUGACAGUCCCGACCUCUUUACGAAGGCCAUCCUACUCGCUGCCCUGGUUGAUCCGUGUAAAAUAGAAACAUAAGUGAGCUAGCUGUCGACCGCGGAUGCAUGUGCUGGUUUCUCCCACGCAACGAGGAACUCAAGUUUCCUGUUGCGUGACUCUGUUAACUUUGUCUCAACGUAAUGCUCAUACAGGUUUGAUUUGGGGGGGAUAUAUCAAAGAAUGUAUUUUGUGAGGUAAAGUCCUAGGUUUUUGGCGUGUUGACGCUAAACGACCGCAAGGUCUUGAACCUAUGUUUUCGUUAUUUUUACCACGCCUUUUUUCCGUAUAAUUUUAGUUGGUCUGACGAUUCUGACUGUGGCUUGUUAUCUCCCGGUUUAUUCCCCCCGUAGCAUCUCUUAACACUCCGUCCCGACCCAAUUGGUAAACCGCAGCACAACUCCUUGGAUGUCUUGAGCUGGCCUGGAUAACAGGACAUCCUUAGCUCCACCCUUGUUUAAAAGACGGACACUUGCACUGAUUGUUUGCAUUAAUAGACGUAUGUUUACGCUAAGUUUUACAGUUGACCGCAUGACUUCAUCAGUGUGCGACGCAACCCCCAACCCCCUUCUGACCGAGGGCUUAUGAGUCGGAACCCUUCUCGGCAUUGUUGCUUUUUGUUUAUUGUAUUCAAAACUCAGACUGGGUUAUACGCUGUAAUUUAGUUUUUCGGUUGUGCAAAGUUAAGUCCGCUCGUUGCUUGGCACUUUAUUUGUGACUGUCCUGUUUUUGCAACAGGGACUGUUUUGCCCUGCGUGAAUGCUGUCUGACACCGGAUGUACACUCUGGCAGGAACUUUCUUGUUCAAGAAAAAAAGAAAAAAGAAAAUGUAUUUUAUAUUUUCUUCUUUAAACUGUUUGUCUAUUGUUUGGGCUUGGCUUGUCUCAGUUUCUUUGUUUGUCGUUUUGUUUUUUGAAUCCGUACGGGAGAUGCAAAACUAGAAAGGGCUUUUUCCAGUGCAGCUUGCUCUCCUGUGAACACAGGUGGAACAAAUACGCAGUCCGAAUGUACUUUAGCUUGGCAGCCAUGUUCCCUUAAGCUCGCUCCCGUUGAAUUCUACCCUGGGCUUGAUUCCGAUGCUCCGUCACAAUUUCUCAGCAAACGUUGCUCAUCUAUCUGUCACAUCAUACGUCUAGAUGGACACGCCCACUUGUGAUGUCAGAAGAGGCAGAUUUUCAUAAACGGCUUGUGGCGGCUAAUCACGCUCAUACCUGGUGGUAUAUUAUGUCACCUUUAAUGAGGUUGAGGCCGCUCAGCCGUCCAUCUGUCCUGAUUCCGUGGGGCUCCUUGAUAGCGCUACGGCUGCGGCUCCAGACUCGGGCGAUGAAGCCUGAGCUCGAGGAAAUUAGGAAACUCAUUAGGAAAAAUAAUUGGAAUCCAGCCCAGGUCGACCAGACUGUUGAUAUUCACCCAGGAAGUGAUUGUUGCUCUGCGACAGCGUUGUUAGUCUUGCAAAGAUUUAACACUUAAAGAUUUAAAAACUAGAAACUGCCACUCCCGAGUAUUGUACAGAAAGUAGUCACAAAUUGUAUGCUGUUCACAAUCACUUAUUCGAUUUGGCUCUGCUGUUGAAAUGCAUUAAGAGGGAUGGUUCAUGUGAAGGUGUUUUUGUCCCCAAGUGUACCUGUAGUUACUGACGUGUUUUUAUUUUCUCAAUACAAGAUCCUGGUUUGUAAACGUGUCAUGCUCAAAUCAUGUUGAAAUUGCGAAGGAUAUCAAUGUUUGUCCCAGGAGGGGCUCACUACGUGGUAAAGUGGCAUACUUAAAAGAAAAAAAAGAUACGGUGUUGUCCUAAUGUUUGGUCAACGGGAAUUUGUGAGUUUUUAUGUUGUGCAGCUCGUCGUUCCAAGGGUUAGAAAUCUGGAUAUGUCCCUUUAAUGACAAAGGUUUUUUCUUAAUGUCUGCAAUCCAUUGAAACAUGUGUACGGCCCAGGCAAACCAGUUCUGUUUUAAAGUCAACUUUAAGCUUCUAGUGCGGCUAGCAUAUCACUGUUGUCCAGUUAGUCCUAGUACAAGUUCUGUAGUAUUUAUUUGUUGCAGUGUGAAUCUCCUCAUGUGAACUGUUUGUUUAUUAUAUAAAAGAAAAUGUCAACAAAA